AUUUUGCGUCAGCCACUCUUUGGGCCCGUCCCACUGUCGUGAAAAACAUAAUUUUGUCUCAUUGGUUCUGCCUUGGCGACAAUUUAGGGACAGAGGCUUCCUAUUGGGUCUUGAAAAGGAAGGGAUGUACUUUUCGGUUAUUUUCAUGACUCUUAUGUGAUUGGUCACUCACACAGCGCGGAUGUUGCCUUUCACCAUCGGUAAUUGGUCCGGAUGUCGAGACAGGAGGGAGGUUUUUCUGUGACAACUCUCGUUGAUUGGCCCCCCGAUUCCUUUCGGGUCUUGCCAGAUUCGGUCGUUCGGUUCGGCAUUCCCGGAGAACACUUAGCAGGCUUGCGCAAGCGUUAGUUGGCUGGUUUUUGUGUGUGUGUGUGUGUGGGGGUAGUAUGGAAGAAAGCGCAGCGGCUCCUUUUGGAUCCGGCGGAAUGGGACGUUCGGUUCAGUAUUCUCGAAAGGAACUUAGUAGGGCUGCGUAAGUACAGCUAGGUUCUUUUUUGGCUUUAGCAGCCCAGAGAGAGCAAAGAAACCGCAGCCGUCGUAGGAGCAGGAACAAAUAAGGAAGAAACUGCAACGGCCCCACAGCGAGUAGCGGACAAAGGAACUCGGGCGAGAAGGCGGCGCCAAGCGCGACCCGCCGCCACCAACGCCUCAGAUCGGUCGAGCCGGGAGGAGCCGCCACUAGCAGCAGCACCAGCGCCAUGGACCGCCCUGCCACCCUCGUUGUCUGCCAACCGCACUGCAGCGCCCUCCGUCUGAGCCGCCCCUCCGGACGCCGCUUGCCCGCCCUGUGGGCGCUAUGAGGAGAAGCGCCAGGCCUGGCUUGUCCCCGCGUUGAGGAGAAAGAGACCGACGGAGGGAGGGAAGGAAGGAGCGAGCGUGUCCCUUCGUCAGGCCAUUGCCCUGCGCCCGCCCUCUUCGCCUCUCCUCACAGGGCCCCACCGAUUUUGCUGCCGCUGGUGUCGGAUCCUUUUCGAAAGCAGAAUCCACAUCCUUCGCGUCGUGGCUCCGGUUCUCGUAUUCCUCCGCCGUGGGAAGUAGUCCGCUCCUUCGCCGAGACCCCCCCGUGCCCCCACCCCAAGGAGAAAAAAAAGCGAGCCUCUUUUUCUCUGCUGCCGCUUUCUCAUGUGACUCGCUUUCCAGCAAGGAAGGACGGAAGGAAGCAAGCAAGGAGCAGCAGCACCACCAAAAAAAGGCCGGCACUUGUUUCUCUUUCCUCGCCACCUCCACGAAUCGGGAAAGGGGUGUGCGUGUGUGUGGGGGGGUGACUGGAUUGUGCAGGGUUGGGCGGAGGCGGCCGCCGCGGGCCCCGGCGCUGCUGCCGCUGAUACUGAUGGAAAGGAAGAGGAUGGUGGCCCUCUAACGAUAAAGGCGAAGGGAGAGAAGGGCUGGGGAAAGACUUUGGGGGGAGGGGCGCCCCUUUUUAAGGGUUGGGGGGCUGGAUCUUCUUCUGGACUCUGCCUGCUCCUCUUUCCGCACCUGAGAGGAAGAGACGAAGGAAAGGAAGUGAGAAAGCUGAUCCGGAAAAGAGGGGGGGAAAGCUGGAAACCAUGUCGGGGCGGCCGAGAACCACCUCCUUUGCAGAAAGCUGCAAACCGGUGCAGCAGCCCUCAGCAUUUGGCAGCAUGAAAGUUAGCCGAGACAAAGAUGGCAGCAAAGUGACCACAGUGGUAGCAACUCCUGGACAGGGUCCAGACAGGCCUCAAGAAGUUAGUUACACAGACACCAAAGUAAUUGGAAAUGGAUCUUUUGGUGUUGUGUAUCAAGCCAAACUCUGUGAUUCAGGAGAACUGGUUGCAAUUAAGAAAGUUCUGCAAGACAAGAGGUUUAAGAAUCGAGAGCUUCAAAUCAUGAGAAAGCUCGAUCAUUGUAACAUUGUCAGAUUGCGCUAUUUCUUUUACUCCAGUGGAGAGAAGAAAGAUGAGGUAUACCUUAAUUUGGUUCUGGACUACGUUCCUGAAACAGUGUACAGAGUUGCCAGACAUUAUAGUCGGGCCAAGCAGACACUCCCCAUGAUAUUUGUGAAGUUAUACAUGUAUCAACUAUUCCGAAGUUUAGCCUAUAUCCAUUCCUUUGGAAUAUGCCAUCGGGAUAUAAAACCACAGAAUCUUUUGCUGGACCCUGACACAGCUGUCCUAAAACUUUGUGACUUUGGAAGUGCAAAACAGCUAGUUCGUGGAGAGCCUAAUGUUUCUUAUAUCUGCUCUCGGUACUACAGGGCACCAGAGUUGAUCUUUGGAGCUACAGAUUAUACCUCCAGUAUAGAUGUUUGGUCAGCAGGCUGUGUAUUGGCAGAGCUAUUACUUGGACAACCAAUUUUUCCAGGUGACAGUGGUGUAGAUCAGUUGGUGGAAAUCAUCAAGGUCCUUGGAACACCUACAAGAGAACAGAUUAGAGAAAUGAAUCCAAACUACACUGAAUUUAAAUUUCCUCAGAUUAAGGCACAUCCAUGGACUAAGGACUCGUCAGGAACAGGACAUUUCACCUCAGGAGUACGGGUCUUCCGGCCCCGCACUCCACCAGAAGCAAUAGCGCUAUGUAGCCGUCUGCUGGAAUAUACCCCCACUGCGCGUCUGACUCCGCUGGAAGCAUGUGCACACUCUUUCUUUGAUGAAUUACGGGACCCAAACAUCAAAUUACCGAGUGGGCGAGAAAAACCUGCACUCUUUAACUUCACCACUCAAGAACUGUCAAGUAAUCCAUCUCUGGCUUCGACCCUCAUACCUGCUCAUGCUCGGAAUCAAGCAGCUGCUUCAACCCCUACAAAUGUUUCAGCAGCCUCAGAUGCCAACGCAGGAGAUCGAGUUCAGACCAAUAAUGUAGCUUCAGCAUCAGCCUCCAACUCCACCUGAACUGGUCACAAGCAGCAACCUGUACAGAAACAAUCGCCAGUAAUUUUGAGUCUUGCUCAGCAACACUGGUCCCAUUUGGAAAGCAAAAUUUAAAAGAGGAAAAAAACCCUGUUCAUUAUAGUGUUUGGUUUUUUUUUAUUAUUGUUGUCCUUAUUUAACCUUGUAAAAUAGAAAUGCAAACCAGUUUCAUUGUAUGCUCACUCUGCAGGCCCUUUGGGACAGGGGAAUAUGUGGGGUGGGAAGAGGGGAAGGGGAGCAAUAGAACCCACCAAUGUCUCUUCCCAUGACAAUCGUCUAAUUUCAAACAAUUGUUGUUGUGUCCGUUAGAAUCAGGAAUCUUAUCUCAUACCCUCCACAACAAAAGGAAGGGAAACCCUCGUUCUGCUGAAGCUCCUUUUUAAAGCCUUGUAUUUUUAAGUGAAGUUUCAACUUUUGGUGUAGUGCACAACUUGAAUUUGGUUGGGAGCUUAGCAAGAGUUGCUCAGCUUGAAUAUCAUACACAGGAGAUCUUAACUCUUUGAGUCGGGGUGGGGAGGAAGGAAAAUGUGAGGUCUAAGAUUGCCAAGGGGGAGGGGGGAGUUACUAUGUCAAUAAUGCUUAAGGGGCCAAUCUUGACCUUAAAUUCCAUUCUAGCAUUGGAGAAUUCUGCAGAUAUGUAUGUUACAUAUACACACACAGACUAUCGGCUUGAAUGAAAAAUGCUCAUUUCACCCACCUUAAUGAUCCCUGAACAUUAAAGGUUCUGUAAAGCACAAGAGACCACAGUUAGUCACUUGCAUUCUUCCAACAGAUAGGAACAAGUGUACAUAUAUCUCAAGGUGCAGAAAGCAGAUUGGAAACCAGUGUAAAGGCUCUUCUGCACCCCACCCAGCUUUUUUUUUUUUUUUACUCUAAACUGGCUUCUUUCUCAGAGAAGCAAACCGGAAAAGCAUGCCUGGAGUUAUAAUGUGGAUGGAUGUAAUACUUCCAUUGCAAUUAAGUUUUCAAAUUGGUACAUUAUUUUAUAGAUAAUUUUCAAUCCAAAUGUAGAACUUGUGUUUAAUUUCACCUUGUCAGCUUCUUUCUUUCUAAUCUUUAUUUAUUGAUCUUCCACAGUUGCUGUUGUGACACUUUCACAAUAAUAGAAUAUUAAUAAGUAGCAAUUUACUUGCUCUUGCAGACUUAUAGAAAGCUAAGUGUGUGUGUAUAUAUGCACAUAUACAUAUAUAUAUAUAUUAUAAAUAUAUACAUAGAUACAGUGCUGCUUUUUAUUUUUGUUUUUUAAUCUAUAAUUGGUCUGACUGAAGCAGAAAUGCCUGUUACUAGUGUCUGUGUAUUGGGUUAUUUUGUAGUGGCAAAAAAAAGCUGUCUCUCUGUUUUUCAAGUGAAAACAAUACUUCUUGGAAGGUUCUAGUGAAGUUAUGAGAAGGGUUGCCACUGCUGCUGUAGUAACAGAAACAGGCUCUUAUGUCUGGCUUCUACUUGGAUUGAGAGAUGUGCUCACCUAGCCUUACAUUCAUUCAAAUGAAUCUUAGUCAUCUUGGUGCUGGUGAGAGUUUAUUUCGUCGUUGAAUCUUUUGAAACAUGAUUAGCUGAUUUGGCCCACAAACACCAGCAGUAUGCAAAUACUGCCACUUGAGGGCAGUGGAACUCAGGACCUCCUCUUCCUCUUGAUUCUCAUGUUUAUGGAUGUGGGUGUGAAAGCAGUAAGAAGAGGCAAGCAAACUGUGCCAAAGUCCAGUCUGAUUAAAGGUACUUGUCAUGGAGGAGUUCUUGCCUGCCUGAAAGACCAGAUGACUAGGAAGAAAGUUCACAUAAGGUUUUUUUUUUAUCAGUUUCAAGGUUCAUGAGUAUGGAACCCAUCUUUGUUUAAUUAGACCAGUUUUCUAUAAAUGAGUCUGUGAUGAAUGAGGGGCCUGGAAGGGGAUCUUACUGCAGGAAAGGAGCCUAUAGGUGUCUUCCAUGUUGAUUGUACAGCCAUCGUAAUCAGAGCUCUUGAGACACUUGGAACAAGCAGGGUGAUGGCAUAAAGAAAAAUAAAUUUGCAUUCAUGAGAACAGGACAGUCUAGGCUCAGAAGAGAGAUGGUGUCUUAGGAUUUGCAUUACUUUCUGUUAGUUUGAAGCUAGCAGGGAAGAAUUAAAAGCUUUAAUUAUUUUUUUAAAAAAUUAUUUUGUGUGUAUGUGUGUGUAAACUGAGAUCCUGAUGGUUUUAUUUUCUCAAGGAUCAUGGCGGGACUGCAGGCAAAAUUUUAUACAAAUCUAGAUCCAGGUGUUUCCAUACCAUUUUUGUAAAUAAACUGACAAAAGCUCCUCACCAAAUUCAAGUUUGUACAUUAGUUCUUAAAAGUUUUAGUUGUGUUGCUUUGUAUGUAAAUAUGUGGACCCAGGAACUGCUGUUAAUGAGCAAAACGUUACCAUUCAGGGCAGUUAAUCUGUUUUAAUAAUCAGACAAAAUGUAGACGAGCUUUUUUAAAGCCAUAUAGUUCUAACUCUGUACAGUAGAUAACCGGCCUGUAUUAUUGUAACAAUAACUCUAGCGAUGUAUAGUGUGUCUAUAUAGUUUGGAGUGCCUUCGUUUCCAUUAUUUUUAAAUUUUAUUUUAUUCUUUUUUCGUCACCGGAUGUCUCACACAUGGAAAUAUCUUUGCUUCCCUUCUUUCAGUUAUUUCAUGUCAGCAGCAUAAUUAAAAGAGAAUUCAUCUAUUUUAUUUCAAACCAUGGCUUGUUUGUAGUUGUUUAAAAGUUUCUCUCCCCCACAAUAGCAGUGACCGGUUUCAUUUUAUGUUUGCUAUCUUGGCAUCUAAGUGGCAAGUUUACAUUUUGCUCGUCUUUUCGCAGUAUGUUUGUCAAGAGUUCUUGUAGACAACAGCUUCUGGAAGCUUUAGUUGAAUCUUUGUUUUUGUAGAAGCAAAAUAGGGCUUUGCAAAGAAGCUGUAAUGGAUUGAGAGUGGGGGAGGAAUUGGGAUCUUACACACACAUCCUGUUACAAAGCUAGAAAUCUUGCAAGUGUUUUUGGCCAGAGAUUAAUCUGUGGUAUUGAGAGUCUGUAGUUGUAGAUUAUUACUUGCCCCCCUCUCCCACUCACCCUGAAGUUUUAUUUUCUUAUGAAAGUCAUUUUGAAAUUAACCUUAAUUUUUUGUGCCCUGCACAAUGGCCUUGCUUUUAAAACUUUGCUCACUUGUGUGUUUGACCUUGUUAGUAUUCCAUGUGAGAUUUUCUUCAGUGGCAAAAUGCUGAACUUAUUAUCAAACCAAAGGUUGCUGUUUUGUUUUUGGCUUUUCGUCUUUUUGUAAUCAUCUUGUGUUCAUUCCAGUAAGGCAGAGGCUGCACUUUUUCUGGUGACACAAAGGUCAGUGAUAGCAUUUUGUUUCUGACAGUCCACUCAGAAUUCUAUUUUUGUGGCUUGUUUUUAAAUGAAGUACCUUAUGAUCUCUUGAUCUAUCCUUUAUCUGCAUUGCAACUGUGCAUGAACCUGAAAUGGCAUUAACGAUAUUCUCUGUGUCCCCUGCUGAAAGCCAAUCAAGACACUAUCUUAAUUUUGAAGUACCUUCGUUUAAACAAGGUGGGAGGAAAUCAACAUAGCUUUUAAUAAAAGUCAUCUGAUACUUGAGCACACUUCCUUUUAUUAAUAACCCAAGUAAUGGUGGAUGUCUGUAAUUAGUAUUAAUUUGAAAUGUUCCCGGACUAGUAAUGAUUCUUAAGAAAUGUUAUCAGUAAACUUUUAUCCGUUAGAAAUCACAGCCACCAGAGGUUAAAGCAGUAAUGAAAAGCACAGUUUAGUAUCUAGGCCAGGACCUACACCUGGCACAUAUGCAUCAGAAAGCCUUAGAAUUCCCAAUAUUUAUACAGGGGCUGUUUUUUUUGUUUUGUCUUUUCGCUUCAUUUUGUGACAAGGCAAUAAAAACAAACUGAAAAGGCUUAAUAAGACUUGUACCUAAAGGGUUAGCUUGAGAUACACAUUUUCCUUCCUUGUGUUGUUUGUUCUUUUUUUUAAAAAAAAUUAUAUAUAUAAAUAACUUUAUAUAUAUAAAAAUAUGCUUGCCUGUAAAAUUUGCGUUUGUUACUAUGUUGCUGAUAGAUCACUUGGGCUUGUACACACAAUUACCGUGAUCGCUUCCAUCUUAAAAGCAGAAAUCUAAAAUCUAUAUAUAAUGGACUGUGGGUUGUAUACAAACUAUUGCGUACACAUACCAAGCUGUCUUGAUUCAAAAGAAGAAGCAAAACAUAUAUAACAUUAUUACUACUUGAAUGCCUCUGUGACUGAUUGAUUUUUUUAUUUUAAAUAUAAACUUUUGGUGGAGAGUAUGCUUAAUGUUUUAUUAUUUUGCCUCCUCCCUUCUGCUCCUUUGUAAAUACAUUUCGUUCUGUGUAACUUGGUUCGGAAAUAGUUAACUGGUACUGUAAUUUGCAUAAAAUAAAAAGUAGGUUAGCCUGGACAUGAAAUUUAAAAAUACAAA